UGGAGCGCCCGGGGUUGCUUUUUCCGGUGCGCAAUUUGCGGGCUUCUCGCUUGGCCGGCCCUGCGCUUGGCGAUCGACAAGGGAGCCUGGUGGAAAAGAGCUAGCUGGGGGUGGGGUGAGGCUUGAACCCGCCCCGUGCCAGUUGCACGGUGAAAGAGCCAAAUCCGGAGUGUAAAUUGAAAAGCCCCCCUUCCCCCUAGAGUGAGAGAGGUGGGCAGGUGGGUUUGCACGAUGCAUGCAUGCAAACUCCACCUAUGAGGAGCAGCCCUGUGGGGUUUUUUUGUUUUUCUUAAGCAAUAGAGCAGUAAAUCAGGUUAAGGACCAAACAUGCUAAGGAUGCCAGAGCGAGGUGUGGGUCUGGGUCACCUGGCCGGCAGUAAGAAGCUGAUGGCCUUGGGGGCUCUGGUGGGCUGGUUGCUGGUGGUCCAUUUGUUGGUGAACGUCUGGUUGCUCUGCAUCUUAUCGGGGUUGUUGGCCUUACUGGGGGGCUGGUUGGGCUCCCAGGUGGUGGUUGGCACCAGCCACCGCAUUCACCUGGAGAGGUUUCUCCCCGUUGAAGGCUGCCCUCCGAAUCCCGAGGCAGAGAGGGAGCUGGAGGAAGAGAUCCGGAAUAUUAUUCGAAAGAUCAUUCGGGAUUUCGUCUCUUCGUGGUACCGGGCGGUAAGCCAGGAGCAGAACUUUGAGAAGGAGGUGGAAAAAGCGAUGAUGGGCUUGGCUUGGGGGCUCCGAAGGAGGAUGCUUCUGGUGGACAAGAAGGCCUUGGCGCAAAAGGUGCUCCUCCUGGCGGGGUGUCACCUUCAGGCCUACAAGAAGGUCCAGGAGACGUGGAAAGAGGCGGAACGCCUCAGAGAGCCUUCCGAGGAGGCCGGUAGGCUGUGGCAAGCCUACUGUGAAUUCUCAGAGCCUCAUUGGGCUGUUCAGAGCCCUGCGCAUCAGGUGGACUAUGCCAGGCGGGUGGUGGACUUGUUACUACGGGUCUUGGUGCCCGAGCCUCACCUGGAAAGCAGGACGGGGCGCUUUGUGGUGGUGGAGCUUGUGACGUGCAACGUGUUGAUGCCUGUGAUCAACAAAAUGGCGGACCCUGACUGGCUCAACCAGCUGUGGGUUGACCUCUUCUCCAGGAAGGCCACCGGCACCGUCGAGGUCGCGGAGACUUCCCCAGAGGUAUUGGCCGCCUAUUCAAGCCAACCUGGGGUGACCGGUGUGUUGUCCCCAGUCCUUCAGCCAGAAAUGGCUACCGAGGGCGAUAAAGGCCUAGCGAGGGAUUCUGAGCCUUUCAACAGGAAUGUGGUAGAUAGCUUGGAGGACUUCUUGGUAGAGGGAAAGGAACCCGUCGACAGAGCGCUGAGCACCCCCGUGAAUGAGAAAGACGAUGGGAGCAUGGCUGCACCCCUGCUUCACCCUGGUCCCCUUGGGUCCUUCUUCCCCCCCAGUGGAGACUUGGAAGUUGAGUCCCCCAUGUCUGACGUAGGAAGAGACCCUAGUUCCUUGAUCGUCGUGUCUGCAGAAGAACUCUUCGCUAGCUCCCUUCUUGAUUUGGAAGGGCCUCUUGACGUGGAUCCAGAAGACGGUUUGGGAGAGAAAGACAGGUGCCCGGAGGAUAUGGCUGAGGGCUUCCCCUCUGAAGCCAACCUCCAGGCCACAUCCCUCGGACCGUGCCCUGACAUCCACAUAGAGCCAGUGGCUGAAGACGCCUUCGCUUCUUUGACUGCUCUUUUGGAGGAUCCAGAAAAGACCUUCCUGAGAAGGCCAUCCUACUUGGGGAAAGAGCUGGAGCCCCCCGGGAGCUUGGCCCACGGCCCUCAAGAUCGAGCCCAACUGCCAGGUCUGCUUUCUUCCUCUCCCACUGCCCCGAUGGGCACUUUCAGCUUUGAGCCACUGAGUCCUGAUGGUCCGGUCAUCAUCCAGAAUCUGCGUAUUACAGGGACAAUCACUGCUCGAGAACACAGUGGAACGGGAUUCCACCCUUACACCUUGUACACUGUGAAGUAUGAGACGACGUUAGACAGUGACGGCACUAACAGCCUCCAGCAAGUGGCGUAUCAUACGGUGAACCGAAGAUACCGCGAGUUCUUGAAUCUGCAAACCAGGCUGGAAGAGAAACCAGAUCUACGAAAGUUCAUAAAAAACAUAAAAGGUCCCAAAAAGCUGUUUCCGGAUCUUCCGUUUGGUAACAUGGACACAGAGAAAGUUGAAGCGAGAAAAAGUCUCUUGGAAUCGUUCUUGAAGCAACUCUGUGCAAUUCCUGAGAUCGCCAAUAGCGAAGAAAUGCAAGAAUUUCUCGCCUUGAACACGGACGCAAGGAUUGCCUUUGUCAAAAAACCAUUUGUGGUCUCCAGGAUUGAUAAGAUUGUAAUGAAUGCCAUUGUGGAUACGUUAAAAACGGCGUUUCCCAGACCUGAGCCACAGAGUCCUACGGAAGAGCUCAGUGAGACCGAAGUGGAUGGGAAGCAGCCGGCGGAUGGAAAGAAAUCCAAUAAGUCGAAGCUGAAAUUCACAUCUGGCAAAAUGCUAAAUGUGGCUGGAACACCAGAGAAAAUUCUAUAUUCUUUCAGGGAUGGCAUGAAUGCCUCCGAAAUCCUCUCCCUGGCAAGGAUGGAGUCCUUUAUUCAGAACCAGGAGAAGUUGCUGGAGGCCAUGUCCAGUGAAGGUCCAGAGAGAGAAUGUGAUGAAGAAUCUCCGUCAGAUUUGAACCCAGAGCCCGGAGAGGUGCUGCAGCAAACAUCAGAUGAAGAUACAAAUUCUGGAUCAGAGACUUUGCUGGCAGACCUCGUUCUGGGUCUUCUUUGCCUGAUCAUGGUAGACCAGUGGAGUUGGCUGUGGUCAGAGAACAUGCAGAAGAUCCUACACCUGCUCUUUGGGACAUUGAUUCAAAGGUGGGUUGAAGUCCAAGUAGAUAACUUGACCUGCACCCAGUACUGGGUGCAGUAUCUUCGGCUGCUCCAGGAAUCCAUUUGGCCUGGCGGAGUCUUACCUGGGGUGCCCAAACCACUUAGGACGGAAGAGCAGAAGGCCGAGACUAAGGAACAGGCCCUGAAGAUUCUCAUGGCAAUACUGCCUGACACACUCCAAGAAUUCCUAGGUGUCAAUAAAUAUCAACAAAGCUGGAGCCUUGUCUUAGAAUCCAUGCAGCAUUCAAACAUCAACAGGCAUGUCAUUUAUUCCCUCAUGGACAUCCUGAUGGAGUUUUUGAUCCCCGAUUCCCCGAUGGAGGCGCCCCAAACAACGUCAAUAAUGACUUCCACCUAUGGAGCUGCUGAGAGAGCUAGUAGUUCAGUGUGUUAAUUCAUAUUGUGAGGCACAGAGAAACCUCCUAGACAUGAUCUCAUACGAUUCAUUGCUGUUGGUCUAAUCCAGGAUCUGUUGAUGAAGGACCAAUAGAUAGAAAGAAUUCUGGUAGAGAUCAGUGACUCCUGUCAAAGAUGUUCCUGAGUUGUUUCUACACAAUAAAAUAGUAUCGGUUUGAGAACCUGGAAGAAUUGCAAAGGAGUUCAGAAUGAAAAGAAAUAACCUCUUGAAUGUUAAUAAUCUGGAGAAUAGGAUAAGACUUGAGCUACAUUCCUGGAUAGAUGUAAUUUUGCUUUCUGCAUGUUUUGUUUUAAUUUACAGGAAGUUUUGGUGCUCCCAAUGUACUUAUAUGGGUAUUCCAACAUAUGUCCUCUCUGUUUUUUUCCUUCCCAACAAAACCAUUCCAGUGAGCAGCAAAUGAAAAUUCAUCCCUGUUUUUGCUUUUUAUUCUGUACAUCAUGUAUUUGUCCUUGAAACUUGACAGUAUUCCUGGAAUCUUAGAACUACCAAGUGAAGAAGGUUUGAUUGCAUUCCAAAAUUGAUGCAGUUGGCUCAAGUCACUUGUGUCUGAAGAGAUGACAGAACCCGACUCAAUCAUUUUGCUGUUCAGCUGGCUUGGAAGAAGUUUGUUGCUGUUUGGUUAACCAUCUAGGAUGCUAUUACUCAUGUAGAUCAUUGGGAUAGUUUUCAUUCUUUUAUG